AUGGCCGUUGAAAAACAGGGUCCAACGGGGAAUUAUUCCCACGCAGACUCCCCUGUCGCUUCCGCCACCCCAACGGGCUCUGUAGAGCCUUCUGUUAUUACCACAACUCAGGAUAUUGAUAAGUUUGCACCCGUAGCCUCGGAGAAAGGGAGCCGAACUAGUAUCGAAGCUAGAGAACCACAAGAACCAUCGGACACAGAGGCAGCUGUUCAGUUAACAAGAACAAAUUCAAACAUACCUCCGGUUAUCGUACCGAGGAGCAGACGACGGGGCCUCUUUGGGUCACUGACUCUACUGGCAGAGGUUGAGAAUCCUAAACACUACAGCCGGAAAGCAAAAUGGUUUAUUACAUUUGUCGUCGCUGUUGCAGCUGGCGCCGCUCCCAUGGGGAGUGCCAUAUUUCUUCCUGGGCUUAGCGAGGUUGCUAAAACAUAUAACACUACGGCAACGGUUACCAACCUUUCUGUCGCUUUGUAUAUGUUGAGCAUAUCUAUAUUUCCUCUAUGGUGGUCAUCAUUUAGUGAGCGGCUAGGCCGCCGUUCGAUAUAUCUUGCGUCAUUCACCCUUUUUACCCUAUGGAGCAUCCUAUCCGCUCUUUCUAUCUCUAUCACGAUGCUGAUCAUCAUGCGGGUCCUUGCCGGAGGAGCUGCUGCCUCAGUCCAAGCAGUAGGUGCCGGUACGAUCGCCGAUAUAUGGGACCCUAUCGAUCGAGGGCGUGCAAUGGGGAUAUUUUUUCUCGGCCCUCUCUGCGGCCCUCUAAUAGCUCCUAUAAUUGGUGGUGUUUUGACACAAUCUUUGGGCUGGAGGAGUACGCAGUGGUUGCUUGCAAUCUACGGAGGCCUCAUAUUGGUAUUCAUACUAUUUGCAUUGCCGGAGACUCUUGCACACCGGAAACCUCUACCGCCAACCGAUCCAGGGAAUGGAAAUUUGGAGGUCGAUCGUACCCUGAGUCGAGUGUCAUCUCGUCAGGUCGUGCAGCAAACGACCAGAGUCUUGAAUAUACUAAAAAUUGUCUUCAUUGACCCUUUAAAAAUAAUACUAUAUAUACGGUUCCCGGCAGUCGCUCUAACUGUUUACUAUGCGAGUAUCACUUUCGGGUGCUUAUAUGUCCUGAACAUCAGCAUUGAGGUUACAUUCAGCAGAGAUCCGUAUAACUUUUCUCCUACUAUUAUAGGAUUGCUGUAUAUCCCUGGUGCGUUAGGAUAUAUUGUUGCCAGUGUUUUUGGUGGCCCCUGGAUGGACUCGAUUAUGAAACAGGAGGCAAGACGCGCCAACAGAGUGGACGCAAAUGGCAAGUAUAUAUUUAUACCUGAGGAUCGAAUGCGCGCCAACGCAUGGUUAGGGGCUCUUCUCUACCCUUCCGCACUGAUAUGGUACGGCUGGACUGCUCAAAAUGGAGUGCACUGGUUUGCUACCAUCGUAGCCAAUUUUUUCUUCGGUUUGGGGUCAAUGUUAAUUUUCAGCAUGGCAACUACAAUGUUGACUGAAUUUAUGCCUAAACGUUCCUCAACUGGCGUUGCUCUGAACAAUUUUAUGCGAAAUAUAGCCUCCUGCGUCGGAGGCGUCGUUGCUGCCCCCAUCAUAGACGCAAUCGGAAAUGGCUGGCUGUUUACAAUUCUUGGCCUUGUCUGUCUUGCCAGCUGCGUGGUUAUCUGGGCCAUGAGACGGUUCGGGCCGCGAUGGAGAAUCUCAAUGGACGAGCAGCAAAAGAAGGGUAACUAA